GAGCAAACAAUUUUUGUAUUAUCCCUGUGAUUACAUUAUUUAAAUUAAAUAUAAAUAUGAAACCUGUGUGCAGGGCUUGUAUGGGCCACUCUGUAAACCUUGUGGAGCUAUUCUCAGAGCAACCACAGUCAGAAGCGGAACCCAGUCUGUUGGAAAUGCUAACCGAGUGCGUCAACUGUGAAGUAAAUAGAGAUGAUCCACUGUCAAAAAUGAUUUGUCUCACCUGUGUUAUUGCUGUAAAGAACGCAUUCAGAUUUAAGAGAAAGUGCGAAGAGAGUCAUGAGCACUUUUGGCGACUGUUAAACAAAGAGAAGAAGCAGAACGAAGAACAAUCUAACGAUAUAAUGCCCAUACAAUCCGAGUGGAUUAUUGACGAACUGGAUUGCAUAAAGAAUGAAGUUGAAGAAAGAACAGAUAAUAGCUGGGAUAACAUCUUGCCAGAAAAUCUUCAGCAGGAGGAGGAAAAUUCUUUAUCAUGGACUGUCGAUAAUUGUACAACUGAUCCCUUAAGUCAACGUGGAUGUGAAGCAAAUGAGAAAUGCGAAUCGGAGAUAAAUAUCACAAUUGCUGAUGCCACGCCGUGUUCUAAUGAAAAAACGCACCUUUGUGACACAUGUGGUAAGGAAUUCCCCGACAUGGCAACGCUGACGGAACACAUACUCGUCCACAAUGAUCACACCGAUGAUCGACAAUUUGUCUGUCCUCAUUGCUCGAGACGCUUUAAAAAGCGCGCCAAUCUCCAGGCGCACAUCCAAAUCCACACCGGCGAUCGUCCUUAUGAGUGUCACAUUUGUCCCAAAGCCUUCGUUCUGAGCCAUCAUCUCAAGGAUCACAUACAGAACCACAGCGGAGAGCGUCCCUUUGCGUGUCCCCAUUGCCCGAAAGCAUUCAACAGAAGCUGGAAUUUACAAUCGCAUCUUCUGGUUCAUUCAGGUGAACGUCCAUAUGUUUGUACGGUUUGCUCAUCGACCUUCAAUCAUCCCUCAAACCUGGAGAAGCAUAUUCGUCUUCAUUCCGGCAAACGUCCACAUCAGUGUCCCCAUUGCGCCAAGUCCUUUACGCGCCGACAACAUCUCAAUACCCACGUCCUUGUUCAUACCGGUGAACGUCCAUACACUUGUGAGAAAUGCCAAAGGGAUUUUAAAUCCAGACCUGGUCUACGGAAUCACGUCUGCCAGAAGGUAGAGGAUAAACAAAGCUAAACUAAGAAGCAUACAGCUUUCGUAAACUAUUGUCUCUCACCACUACAAAAUAUUUAAAAUCUUUAUUUUAUUGGGAAUAUGUACGACAUAAAAAUGUAUAUAAUUCGAGAAAAUAUUGCACAUAUUUUGUUUUGGAACGAUCUCUUAUAACUCUCAUUUAAUUUCUAGCAGUUAAAUGUUAAGU